UAGUUUAGAAGAGGAAAAAAGGGGAAAAGGAUAGGGGAUAAAGUAAAAGCAAUGGACCAACCAUUUUGUAGGCACCAAAGGAACGAAGAAAACCCAUGGUUGCCUACGCAACACCCGGAAUUCCAGUCCAUCCAUCUUCCAUUGUUGGACAAACUCCUCCAAAACAAACGAAUAAUUCAUUAUGCGUACCAAACACUACUACUUCAUUUCCUUUUCUCUCCAAUUUACCAAGCAGUAUUAUUAGAAGCAGCACACAACACCAUGUUAUACCCAAAGUAGCCUUUAAUCCACAAGGCAACUAUGACCUCUCCCUCCUUGACGACGAUGACCUUCAAGCUAAAGCUCCAGAGCCAAUGCCCCCAAAAGAAGGAAGAUAUGAAGUGAUGAUAGACACUGAUGUCAUUCGACGCCUAGACUUAUCCCCUUUCCAAUCUGCCACUAACAUUUCCUCUCCUUCUUCGGUUGACCCCGAGGAGUAUUUGGAACGUACAAUAGGAUUCACCAUAAACUACAAAAGGGAGGAUCCGUAUGAUCAACGAGAACUGUCUGAAUUCCCGGAGAUAAGACUUUGGUUUGUGAGGCUUGAUGCCACUUAUCCUUGGCUUCCCCUUUUGCUUGAUUGGCGCGCCGGAGAACUUGCUCGUUAUGCUGCUAUGCUUGUUCCUCACCAGAUGAGUAUGAGAAUGGGUGUGGUGUUCAACCCAGAGGCAUUGGAAUUGUUUAUUAUGAAGAAGGUGUUUAUAAUAUACCCUUGGUUAAUGCAACAAGGUUUUUCUACUUCAAAGGCUAGAUUGAAGUCCAAGGACAUGGCUCGAAUGCUUGGUUUCGGAAUUGGGGACGAGUUGUUUGAUUUGAUCAAUCAAUAUCCCAUUUCUUCACUUGAUUAGACUGCAUUUAGCCAUUUAUACACUUCUUAUGUAUACAUUAUCUCCAACUUAAAUGAUUUAAAGAUGUAUAAAAGUCAUAUUUGAGAUGGAAAAUUAAUAAUGGAUACUGAGUGCUAAAUAUGUAACGUAUAUCAAAUGAUACGAAUCAUCAUAUAUGUCAUACGAUUCAAUUUUUUUU